AUGUCCUCGUCACUAGGGUCAGCCCUAGCCUUCUGGCAAGCUCAAUUCAAACAACGACCUCCGACUCUUCCAAUGUUACCAUUCGCUACCCGGGGAUUUCGGAAUCCUGAUGCAAUCCCAGCAUUCCACCGCUUCGAGGCUGUUCUUCCUACAGAGGAUUCAAUGAACCUUCGAUUCGCGUCCAUGAACCUCAACCACACGGAAAUGCAUUUCGGACUAGCCGCAUUGCAAGUCCUUCUCAUGCACUUGACAGGUGCGGAGGACUUCGUAAUCGGCAUCGGACGGACUGUCGGCAACAAGAGCGAUGUGAUGCCCGUAAGAUUCAAGGCUGACCUAGAAAAGUCGUUUGAAGAGCUACUUGCGCUUACCAAAGAGACGCUAAGACGAGUAGGGCGAUACUUGCACGUUCCAGUCAAGUCAUUGCUCUCUGCUCUAGAAGUCUCCAGGCAAACUUUGCUUCAUCAAGUCACCUUCGACUGGCUACCGAACUCGAUUCAUGGGUCCCAGAGCAUGGACAUGUACUUUCAACAUUCACAAGAUCUGGUCUUGCUAGUCCGAGAGGACGACCAUCGUAACCUGCGGGUAUCUGUUGCAGUUCAGGAACAUGUCUUCGAGAAAGAGCACGCACAAUUGAUUGCAGAAAUAUAUAUUAAGUUGCUAGGCAGCUUGGCCAUCGGGUCUGAAGGCGCACUCUGCGCUGUAGACAUCCUAGGGCCUAGAAUACGAGAAAGGAGUCGAAAUCUUGGAACAGGACCCCAUGUCGAAUCUUCCGCGGAAAGCAUCCUCAUGCAGAUAUCGGAGGUCACCGAGAAGGUGCCCAGUAGAGUCGCUGCAGAAGACCAAUACGGCAAUCAAAUUACGUAUAUCCAACUUGUGCAGCGAGCCAUAGCCAUUUCGACAGUAUUACAAGCCAAUGGUGUCACGAAGGCAACGCCGGUAUGUGUGCUUGGCUCGCCAACCAUCGAUUUGCUCUGCGGAAUUUUGGCGAUUUGGUGUGCUGAAGGAAUAUAUGUGCCACUAGACUAUCACGAGUCUGUAAAACACAACAGCGCUAUUGUCGACAACUGUGGAACCGAUAUUUGUCUGGUUAGAAGUCCACGUUUGGUUCAGUAUGCCCAAUCUAUCGGUCUGCGUACCACACUCAACUGCCCCGAUCUGCAGUUUAUUGAAGGGGUCCAAACUAUCGACAAAGUGAUGCCCAAUGAUGUUGCUGUCGCACUACAUGCGCCCGCGUCAGACAAAUCACCCAAGGGCAUCAUGCUAACGCAUGGAAAUCUCAUGAGUAUGGUUGCCGCUGCGAAAUACUACUUUGAGGUUGAGCACCCCGUCGUACUACAGCACACCAACUGGGUAUACGACCACUCCCUCUUUCAGAUACUGUUCGCCCUAACGUCUGGAGGCAAGCUUGUUCUUGCGCCUACUCCUGAAGACCUCGCAGAAGUUCCGAAAGUUAUAGCGCGACAAAAGGUUACAGUCACUGUUGCCACACCCUCCGAGUACUCCAUGUGGUUCCAGUCGAACUCCGAUGCCUUGGAAAGUUGUAGUUCCUGGAAACUCGCAUUUUGUGGCGGAGAGAACAUGACGUCAAGUAUGACUCGACACUUUGCCGCGCUUGGAAACAACAACCUAGAGCUCGUCGGCAUGUACGGUACCACUGAAACCUCAGUUGUUUGUUCCAUGGGCGUAGUAGGCUAUCGUGAAUAUGCUGCAGAGUCUGAGGGGAAGUUAAUCCCCGUCGGCCCGGCUUUGCCAAACAAUGUUGUUUGGAUUGCAGAUCAAUAUGGACGGCCAAUACCGCCUGGUUGGAUUGGAGAGAUAUGGGUGGGAGGCUCGGGAAUAAGCACAGGUUACUUCGGGCCUGACGUCGACGACGACAUGUUCUGCGUCGAUGAUGAGACGGGCGUGAGGUCAUUCCGAACUCUCGACAGGGGGUUCCUCAACGAUAGGGGAAUACUAUUCGUGGUAUCUCGAGACCAUGAUAACUCAAACGUCCAGCUUCGAGGCCACUUCAUCAAUCUGAACGACAUCGCUCGGGCCAUCAUUGACCAGUCAAAUGGUAAGAUAGCGGAGGCAGUCGUCAUUCUGACCCAGGAAGAUGAGCCACAGGUACAGGUUUUCGUUGCUUUGUCGAGAGCCCCCACCGCUGAGUCGCCGCGAUAUCUACAGGCUAUGCUUCGCAGUCUCAAUCUUCCAAGCUUCAUGCGCCCAUCACGCGCCAUCGUUAUUGAAGCGCUUCCGCUUACGCCAGCGGGGAAGAUUGAUCGAUUUGCUCUCCAGACAAGGAUGUAUCCAGAUACACAAAUUAUUCAGAUU